AGCUACUAUAGACAUAUACCGUAUACGUAGACCGUUGUGUAAAGUUGUAAACUGUAAACCACGGGUGUGAACUGCUGUUGCGCGUGUAUUUUAAACAACAAUAAAUGUACAAUAAAUUUUAAAAUUUAACCGAAACAAAUAGUUUUAUCUAUAAAAAUGACAAAAACAGUGAAGAAAUCAAAAUACAAUGAACCUUCUGCAUUCGGUAAAUUGUAUUUAAUAGCAUAUAAUGGAAUCCAAAGUUUAGGAUGGUCAUAUUUAUUAUGGCAGACAAUUAUUCACUUUUUAAAUCGAGGGUCAUUAGAUACAUAUUGGAAUGAAAUAAAAUGGACAGUAUAUAUAUUUCAAAAUGCAGCAGUUUUAGAGAUACUCCACGCAGCAAUUGGACUGGUACCGUCAGGUGUAUUUAUUGUUCUUAUGCAAGUAUUCUCGAGGGUAUUCCUAGUAUGUGGAUCGCUAUUGGUUGCCCAUGGGCCGACCAUUAGUCCUGGACUUCCAUUAUGCAUCGUCGCCUGGUCGGUCACAGAGAUAAUACGUUAUGCGUAUUAUGCGCUGAAUCUGCUGAAGUGUGUGCCGCAGCCAUUGAAGUUCUUACGGUACUCAACAUUCCUAUUACUGUAUCCCGUAGGAAUAACUGGCGAACUUUUAUGCCUGUAUUAUACACUGGAUGAUGUCAAAGAACAUAAUCUGUUCACAAUGUCAAUGCCGAAUUCCUGGAAUUUCAUAUUUAAUUAUUAUUAUUUCCUUGUCUUCUAUAUGUUCUUGUAUAUUCCUCUGUUCCCUGUGCUGUUUGGUCAUAUGUUGAAACAAAGGAACAAAAUGUUGUUCGACGAGAAGAAAGCUAAGUAAAAAAUAUAAAAUACUCAUUUAAAUAUUUAGGGUUUAUAAAACGCAGUGUAUUUAGGUAUAUUUUAUAUAUUAUAUGAUAUCGCAUUGUAAUAUCAUCUAAGAACCAUCCAAUAAAGACGAUAUUUCAAUUUGGAUACAGCCUUGCGAUUCUGUAACUCACUUUUCGAACUCUCACAGUUAUUGUUUAUCAGAAUGUCAAAUCGUAAAAUGACUCCUGACGACUGAUUUGAGCGCGACCGCCGCUGUGAAAACCGCUGUGAGAGUUCGAAAAGUGAGUUACAGAAUCGCAAGGCAGCUAAAAUCGGUGGCGGUUGUUCAAAAUAAACACUUUGUAUGAACUGUCAAGUGUCAACUGUCUUUAUUCGUUUAAAACAAGGCUGAAGUGAUACCUUAAUAUUACAAGUCACGAAUACUAGAAAAUAAGACCUUAAAACAACAUUUUAUUUUCUCCGGAGGUAAAGCUUUAGGAAUAGUUUAAUUAAAUAAUUUGUGUAGUAACUGCGGAAUAAAUUGAGCCUUGAAUCUAUUAUUAAACAACUUUUGUCUAUUAAGUUUGACGUUCCAUUUUUAUAGCAUAGAUAAAAAAGAAAGUAUAAAGAGUAGAGAAUUAUAGAUAAUUAAUGGUAAAAUCUAUGACAUUGUUCUUCUUUGAAUGUUUUAAGUUAUUUAUUUUAAUUUUAUUUUUUUCCUCAAAAGUUAAUAUUAUACUAAUAUACAGGAUGGUCAAAAAGUCGUGGAUCAAACGCAAAUAGGGGAUAGGUGAGGUCAUCAUAAUUGUUUUAAUACAAUUAUUUCACAAUCGUUGUUUGUAAUUCUUCUUAGAAAGAUAUUAGACCGCCUCAUGGCAAUGUGUAAUACC